AUGUUGCCUCACACGCUGCUUUCCCGAUUUGACUUGAUCUUCCUCAUCCUGGAUCCCCAGGACGAGGUUUAUGAUGCUCGAUUGGCUCGCCAUCUCGUUGGGCUAUAUUAUCGCGGAACUCGGCCAAAGAAUCUAGAUUCAGAGACCAGUUCUGGCAGCACGAAUAUGGGUAUUGGUACUCGAAUGGACCGAUCUACAGGUGCGGCUUAUCUUGCUGAUGAUGAUGAAGACGCUUUGGGAGGAGAAGGAGUCAGUGCUAAACUUCUACGAGACUAUAUCACUUACGCAAAGGUUUGCAAGGGCUCAUUAUACUUUAUUAUAAAUACUGUUAAUGGCAGAGACGACCCUGCAAGCUAUAAUUAUAGCGAUUGGAUGAUUGGAACAUCUUAUUUUCUUGUUAUUCCUAUCCUGGCUUUUCAUAUUACGUCAGGCGAUCAGCACGUUAUUUGA